CUCACACGCAGUUGCUUUCUCGUGGCGGAGAGGAUGACCGAGGCAGGCAUUUUGUCCUUGGGAAGGGGAGGAUGGCGACCCGAGACAGCGGCAGCAGCCGCGGCAGCGGUCACGUUGUCGUGCUGUGGAGAGCCGUAGCGGGUGCGCGGGCCCCCGUCGCGUUUGGCCUUUUGUCUACAUGCAGUCACGAGCGAACGUUCCAUUCCCUCGACUCUCUCACUUCCCCUUUGCUUCAUCCUCCUCCCAUUCCAUCGCCUCUCCGACUCACUCCCAUGGCUUCCGCCUCUUCCCCUCCCCCUCUCCGCCUCGCCCAGAGGCUCGACCUCGACGCCGUCCGCUCCCUGGUCUCGUCCGUCAACCGCCACGUCCACCGCUUCCUCUCCGACGCGGCCGCCCGGAAGUCGCUCCAGCUCCGGUGCGGCCGCGCCCUCGCCGUCUCGCACCAGGCCUUCUUCGAGUUCUCCGAGCACUCCGUCCUCUCCAACCUCUACUGGGGGAUCGAGAACAUCGAGGUCGCCCUGCAGUGCCAGUGCCGUGAUGGGUGGACCCAGAGGCUCGCCGCCUCCGAGAAGAUGCUGCAGAUGCCGGCGUUGCUGGAUGAGGUCGGGAGUACGGCCGGGGUCGACAACCGGUACUUGGUUUGCUGCUCCUACUUCUACCUCGCGCUGGUUUGGAAGCUUCGCAGGGAUGAGUGGCAGAUGAUGAUGCAUUUGCUCCAGUCUCUGUUGGUCUCGCCCAAUUGCUUCAGGAAGGAGCUCGCGCCGGGCCUGUGGCGAAGUCUUUUUGGUUCUUUGACGAGUAGAACAGAAGAUGAGGAGGAGGUGGAGGAGAUUGCAAGGCAGCAUGUGAGAAGGUAUAAAGAUUGGUUGAUGUACUAUCAGGUUGUCUCAUAUGGUGAAACUCCUCCAUGGAACAAGGAACGCUCGGGUGCUGACCAUGGUGAGAGGGAGGCAGAAAAUUAUCAAUAUAGAGGUUCUGCAAGUACCAGAUGUUUCAACUCUAUCAAGCAAGUACCUUCUUGGUCGAAUUUUCAGAAUGCAAAGAUGGUGUAUCAGCUUAAUCUUGAAGAUAACAUAGAAGUAAAUAUUGAGGCCUCUGCAUUCAUUUCUGAUGAACAAGAAAUUUUCACAGAAAGGAAGGAUGAAAAUUAUACUCCACUGAACUUGGAUAUUAGUUUUCCUGGUGGAAUCAAGGAGAGCUUUGACAUUAGAUGCCUUCAAGAAAUGUUAGAAGAAUCCCAGUCAGAUUCACCAAUUUCUUUCUACUCACAUAUUGGUUCUGCGGAUGAAGAAAGCGAUUCAGAGGCAAGAAUGCAGCACACAGAGUGUCCAGCAGAUAUCCCUUCAAUUGAUGUAGGACCUUUAGCAUCCAUUGGUCAGAGGAACUGUCGAGCCCAAUGUUCACCUUCUGAACAUGUGGAUGCAUUUUUUCUGGAAUCUCCCAGAUAUCCUGCAGACAAGGAAGACUAUGAAGCAAAUGCAAGUUUUCAAUCACCUAGAAGAUCACAUAGUUCACUUAGCAAUUUAAAAUUUUCAGUCUUGGAUGUGAAAGAGGUGGAAACUCACCCCUUCUGUAACUAUUAUGUAAAAAAGGGGAUGUCCCCAGGGAGAUCACCAAAACAUGAUUUAAGAUGCUUUAGCACUUUUUCAGCUAGAUUACGUAAGAGGUAUAACUUAUCUGAAUUGGUUUCUCGAGGAAGUUAUGCAAGGCGAAGAAGGAAUUUUCCAACUAGUGAGAAAGAUUGGAGCGAUGGGAGUUCAAACUAUGGAAAGGAUAGUCAGGUUGAACUGCUUGGAAUAUUUGAGAAGGCAGUUUCAACUAUUUGUUUCCCAGAAGGUCGAGGUAAUCGUGAAGAUGCCGAUUUGGAAGUAACAACAAUAUGGGAAUUACUCAAAAAGCAAAAAGAGGUGAAACACAGUUUGACAAAGCAACAGAUCCUUGAUCAACUACUUGAAAUUGUUUCAGCUUCUAAAAAAGAGAAGUUCAUUAGGGAAUCAGUCACUAUACUCUUACUUCUGAUAUCAGAAGAUAAAACAAUUAUUCAGGAUAUUAAGAAGAAGGACCUGCAUUUAUACUAUUUAGCCAGUGCAUUGAAGAGAAACGUGCAUGAGGCUGCCAUUCUUAUCUAUUUGCUAAAUCCAUCGCCUUCAGAGAUAAGAAGUUUAGAGCUUCUACCGGCACUAGUGGAGGUUGCUUGCAGCCCGGAUGGUCACAAUAAGAAGUCCAUAGUACUUCCACUGACACCUUCAUCUGCAUCAAUAGCUAUGAUUGAAAUUUUGGUAACUGCUUUUGACUAUGUAACGAACAACAUGCAUUUGGCAGCAAUUAGUUCCCCUCAAAUUCUCUCUAAACUUGUGAAUGCUGCAAUGCAUAAGAACUUGGAGGAAGGUGUGGCUUUGGCAGCUAUUCUUGUUAGGUGUAUGCGUCUUAAUGGAAACUGCAAGAAGUUUUUGUCACAGUUUACUCCUGUGGAACCAUUUCUUCAUCUUCUGAGGAGCAAUGAGAAGCGUGACAAAUUUGCAGCGCUUGAAUAUUUUCAUGAGAUUUUGCAAAUUCCACGGUCGUCAGCAAUUCGCCUACUUCAUCAAAUCCGGCAACACAAAAGUAUUGGCAUAAUGCACUCGCUGAUGGCCUGUAUCCGACAGACUGAACUUGAGCAUCAACUUAUGGCAGCUAAUCUCCUGCUUCAACUGGAUAUGCUGGAAGGAUCAAAUGGUAAGAGCGUUUUCAAAGAGGAAGCGAUGGAAGUUCUAUUGGAAUCGAUUGCAAAUGAAAAGAGUUCCACAACCCAGACAUUAUCUGCAUAUAUUCUUGCAAACAUUGGAGGAACUUAUUCUUGGGCAGGAGAAUCAUACACAACCUCAUGGCUGUUAAAAAGAGCCGGUUUAACAUCUUCGUAUAACAGGAAUAUGAUAAAAAAUAUUGACUGGCUUGAUCCAUGCUUACAGGAUAUUGAAAUAAAUGCAUGGAGUGCAAAGGCUGCAAAAGGAAUCAUUAAAAUGGGGAAUCUUGUGUUUAAUGCUUUGGCAAAAGGAAUGCAAAGCAAAGUCAAAAGUGUUUCACGUGACUGUCUAGUACUUCUUGCAUGGCUUGGAAGUGAAAUUGCCAUUAAGGGUCCAAGUAACCUCAAAUGUUCUGCCUGUGAGACUUUAUUAAAUGAAAUAGCUCAGUUUCUCCAUCCAGGUUCAGACCUUGAUGAGAGAAUCUUAUCAUGUAUCUGCAUAUAUAAUUACACUUCUGGAAAAGGAAAGCAAAAACUUAUGAACUUCUCAGAGGGCAUAAGAGAAUCUCUUCGACGACUCUCAAGUUUCACAUGGAUGGCUGAAGAAUUACUUAAAGUAACAGACUAUUUUCUUCCAACCAAACCGCGUGUAUCAUGUGUACAUACUCAAAUUUUGGAGGUAGGCCAGGUAGGCAGCGGAGCUGCAACUGCCCUUAUCUUCUGUAAAGGACUGCUAUGUGUUGGUCAUUCAGAUGGCUCAAUUAAGGUCUGGGACAUCAAGGGGCAAAAAUCCAUGCUUCUGUUGGAAGCCAAGGAACAUAAAAGGGCCAUCACUUGCUUUGCCCUUUCUGAAUCGGGUGACAGUAUCUUAAGUGGAUCAUCUGAUAAAACUGUCAGAAUAUGGAAAAUGGCACAAAAGAAAUUGGAGUGUGUUGAAGUGAUAGAGUUGAAAGAACCAAUUCAGAAAUUGGAAACUUAUGGUGGCAAAAUCCUUGUAAUUACUCGUAGCCGUGGGCUCAAGGUGUGUCAAGCAUCAAGAAGUAUCCAAACUUUAUGCAAGAAUAAACAUAUUAAAUGUUUGGUCGUGGCUCGUGAUAAAGUUUAUCUUGGCUGUACGGACUCAAGCAUACAGGAAGUAGACUUGAUGGAUGGCAAUAAGACUCUGAUCAGAGCUCCAGCUUACAGCUGGAGAAUUCAAAAGAAACCAGUAAAUUCAAUUAAGCUUUACAAAGACUGGGUUUAUAGUGCAGGUGCUGUUGUCGAAGGAUCUUGUUUGAAGUUACAGGACUGGCGAAAGCAUCGACAACCACAAAUCUUGAUAAAUAUGACAAGGCGAGCAAGCGUCCAGUCAAUGGAAGUAGUAGAAGAUUUCGUUUACUUGAAUUGCAGCUCAUCCAGAAGUGUAGUUCAGAUUUGGUUAAGAGGACAGCAGCAGAAGGUUGGUAGAUUAUCAACCGGUAGCAAGGUCACGAGCCUGCUUGCGGCAAAUGAUAUCAUCUUUUGUGGUACAGAAAAUGGAUUAAUCAAGGGAUGGAUACCUCUCUGAAACAGCAAAACAGAGGCGACUGUAAAUUCUACUUGAACGUUUAGCGGCGUAUGAUGUAAAAAGGGUGGAAUAUUGGAGUUUGACCCAAUAAAGAGGACAAUGCACAUCCAUACUCCAUAACUAGAUUUUCAAAUUUGUAUAUUAUCAAUUAUCAUAGAAUUAUGUUGUACAAAUGAGCAGCACACAGUUGUACUACUUUUUGUAUAAGACCUAUAGAUAUAUUCUGUUGUUAGUUCAAACAGAAGUCCAUAAGGUGGUCAGCAAGCAGGGAACUUGCAUGGUCUGGUGCUAUGAAUCUUGAGCAUGCUUUUGCCAGUUUAUAUAUUGGAUGCUUUCACUGUUCCUGAGCAA